AUGAGCGGACCUUACGAACAUGGCAUGAACAUGCCAAUGUCAAACUUGGUGGAUCCGAGUUAUGCGGUCUAUCCGAGCAACUUCAGCGCUGGAUACCACCAUCCGCGCCUGACCGGUCCUCCAACGCAUUUUGACGGGGUUGCUUUUUGGUACAAUCCGAACACCACAGACCAACUCUACGACAGAGAGGCCAAUAUGUAUAGUGCGGGAGCCGGUGGUCAGCAGGGAACGAGUACGGAAGGCACAAACUGCGAUGAAACAAGACCCAUCUGUGAUAGGUGCAGAAAAGGCGGCCGCGAGUGCGAAUUUCCGCACCCGACUUCAUCCUCGAGGCAUUCGAGGCACGAGAAGACUCGUAGCCCCAAGGAUCACUCUGCCAAACAAGAACAGAAGGACGAAGCCAUGUAUGGGCUAGCAACGAUCAAGGACGAGAGCGGGGAUGACGAUGACAAGCCUGCAUCACCUAAAAUUGGCCGACCAUCUCUGUCCCGCAUGCGGACAGACAGCACUCAUUCCGUUAGCCAGGUGGGCAAAACCCCGAAGGUCAAGUCGGACAUGUCGCCAGCGGCCAAAGAUCCUACCAGUCCUCUGUCCGCCACCGACCUGUCCGAUUCACGGUCAAGAGAUGAAACACCGGCGUCGUCGGUCCGCACAAUGACGAACUCGGCAGACAUGCAAGCUCGACAAGCCAAAAUCAGAUCAUUGAAGCCCGACCUCCAGAAGUACCUGCAAUUUCAACAGGAGUACAUGACGUAUUAUCAUUAUUUCUACAAGCUGGAUCCGACCGACUUUGUGCAUUGCGAAAUGAUUGAUUUGGCCCUGACUUACGAACCUCUGCUUUACGCUGUUGUGGGAUUCGCAGCGUAUCACUACGAGUUGCAACAACCGGAACCCCAGUUGUCACCGUUUCUCAAUUACCACUCGAAGUCCUUGUCGAUGCUUAGAAAAUCAUUGGAAAAGAAUGCCAAGUUCACCCCCGCGACAUUGUUGACCGUUUUGCAAUUGGCCACCUUUGAUGAGUAUCUGGGGGAUUGGGUGAACCUUGUUGGGCAUCACAGAGCAGCUCACACUAUGGUUGAGGACUUGUAUACCCACGACACAAUGAUGGAGACGGAUCUGGGACGACGCCUUUUCAGCUGGUAUGCUCGAUUGGAUGUGAUUAGUGGAUUGAUGGCUGGUCACGCGACUCGACUGGACCGGCAGUGGUACGAGGCGAACUCCAAGUGGUAUCACGAUCAAAUAGCUGGCCGUGCACAAACGGACGUCGACAUCCAGGAUACAUUGGCGUAUUUUGUCGCAGCCAAUCGUCUGCUCGGAAUGGACAUGGCUCUACUGUUUUCCCGGUUUGCAAAACAAGAGAUGAGCGUGGAGGAAUUCAACAGGGAGAAUGCAGCCAUCGUGCAGCGGCUCGAUGAUAUGAAACGCCACCUCCAAGCCUACAAUGAUGAAUACCACCGGGUGAAGGAGUUUCCGAUCGCACUUGAACGGCCUCUAACCGAUGAGGACAUUGUCAACCCAUACACCCCAGGCGGCCUCUUCAAAGACGCUUUGUGGUCGUUGAAUUUCAUGUGGCUCGAUUGGUACGGGAUUGAGCUCAUGCAAAAAUCCCAAACCGCGCUUUUUCUGAGACAGCCCAUGCCACCUGAACAACAAACGGUGAGUUUGGAAGUUUGCCGAAUCUUUGAGGCGAUCGAACGAUGGCCAGAAGCGCCGAAUGGAGCAGUGCUCGGCCUGCAUGCAAGCCUUGGUAUCGCGCUCGUCUUCCUCAAGAAGGACGCCAAACACACCAUGUGGGCCAGGAGGAAGCUGGCUGCGGUGGAAAGACAAGGCUAUAUCUUCCCACCAACCUUUCGACGGAAGAUGGCAGAAAUGUGGGGUCUGACGCGUGAACUUGCGGGAGACGAUGAGGUCGAAGAUUGGUGGCUACCCAACAACGAAGGCAAUGUGCCCAUGCUGACGGAAAUUCGAAGAGUGGUCAACGAGCGACAAGGCAGUGACAGUGUGACUGGUGUCGAGGCGCUGAUCAAUGUCCGCGAUUUGAGAGCAAUCUUUGCAAAGAUGGAUAUUCGAACACAUUCAGCAGAAGGGGCUGGUUCGACCAUUCAAGAGAACUUGAGUCCCUUGAGCGACACCAGCGCCAGCGCCAGCGCCAGCCCGACCAGCAUUAAUUUUGGAAGCCACGUCCAAGGAAACAAUCUGCCCGGGGUCCUGCAACGAGGAAAUUCAUCGUCGUGA